CUCUGCUGGUAUAGCCUAUAGGUAGCUAGGUAGGGGUCCUAGGCUGCACGGCGAAGGGGCCAAAAACUUAGGAUAACGACUUUCAUGCACGAGCUUUGCAUGAGAAAGUGGGCAGGCCGCAGUGGGCUUCGAAAGAGCCUUUGCAACAGGUGGCAGAUAGGUAUCCUACGCUUAGGAUCUGGGCACAGGCUCUGCACAAUCAUGAGCGCCAAGCCACUCAGCUGACGCAUGGUGCUGGUGAAUUCUGGCCCUAGCUUCUAGCUACCGUAGUAUCUAUUCUGUUUUAAAGUGCUUGAAAUUGAAGCGAACGCCCUCAACUCUUAGUGCGGAGGAUGAAGCUGAAACGAACGAAGGUCCUGUUCUUGAAGGAAUUGCAAGACCAAAGGUGGCACCACCAGAGCUUUCUGAAAGGGGCGCGCAAGGCGUUUUCUUGAGGUUGUCACGCGCGAGGUAAACUUAUUUUCUGCUGGGUAAACUGCCUUUAGAAACGUGAAAAGAGGUGAAUUUUGGGGGUGGCGAGAGCCCAUUUUAAAAUGCUGUUACGGAGGCCCGCCCACAAUUUCCCCACCCCCGUCAGCCAUGAGGCAUUCGUCCUCGCCCGCGCUUAACCCCCGCUUCGCGACCCGGAAAACCAAGUCCAAGCUGCGCCGCCCCGUGUCACUGCCUCUCGCCGCCGCCAUGACGGUGCGACUGCUCAAGGCCUCACAUGGCCUCCACCUCUGCUCCCCAAAAUUCAUUCUGUUAGCCCUAGUUAUCAUAACCACGGUCACCGUAACCUGCAUGGAGGUGGCGCGCCUCCGGCCGCAUUUCCACCCUGGCAGGGUGGGGCUCGCCGACAGGACCCAGCUUCUCGUGUUUGGGGGGGCGGCGAAGCAGGGAAAAGUGGGCACCGGCCAGAAAGUUCCGGGGGGGGCGCGAGAAACGAUGAGCUGGGGGCGGACGAUGGGGCCACGAGGGGGGGGGGAGAAGAAACACCCCCCGAUUAGGGAAAUUGAGAAUGCUGGGCUCGACGAUUUCUGGGCAGCAGGGUUUGGGGAUGCGGAAACAGAGCUCGAGGGGGGGGACGAUCUCGUGGUGUCGGACGCUGGAAAAUUUGCGCAGAAAGGGGGGGUGAGUGGCCAACUGCCGGAGGGGGGGGGCGAGCAGGACCAGUGGGAGAGGCUCGUGAGCACACCUGCGGUGGAGACGAUCGAGGGGCGGGACGUGAUUUGGCAGGUGCCUCCUGGGGAGCCCACAAGAGUGAUCCUUCUCGCGCAAGGAAGGAACGAGCAAGCGGAUUCUUGGUGGCUGCAAUCUAGCACGUGCCCCGAGUGUUCUGGGUCCCCUCCUGCCGUUGGCAUCACGGAAGCUGCGCUCCGACACGGUUACGUAGUCGUGACGAUCGACAACGGGCGCUGGAGCCGGGAGAUCCCGUACAACGACAAGGAGCUGACGUGGGACAACCGGUGGCCGCUGUACAAGAACGCUGACGUCAGCGUGGUGGCGGCGGUGCUCGAGGAGUGGCGGGCGCGCGAGGGCUUGAGCGCACUUCCCCUCGUCUGCCUCGGCUUCUCUGGGGGCGCCCGCUUAUGCUCGAUGUUGAGCCACGCGGCGCCCGUCGCGGCGCAGGCGCUGUACAUGCACCCCGGAAACGGCAAGGCGAUCACUUCGCACCCGCGCGCCGACGGCACCCCCUACCCGCCCUCGUUGUUUGUUCACAUGCCCCGCCACCACGAGCUCAACUCCCUGCUGAAGCACUCCAUGGAGUCGCUGACGUCACGUGACGUCACGGUCGGUUUGCUGGAGGUGUACCCGACUCGCGUCACUACGGAGUGGCUGUCCGAACACAUGGGCAGGCACCUGACGGCAGCCGACAUCGAAAAGUUGCACAACGCGCUGAAAGCACAAGGUUGGCUGGACGAGGACGAGUUUAUGAAUUGUCCAAACGCGUUGCUCAGAAAGCCGGGGUACGAAAAGUUGUUCAAGGGGGCGGAGUUGGAGGUCACGUGGGAAGCGGCCAAUCACCUGCAACGAGUCCUGCGACAAGCGUAUGCGCUCCACGAGGUCUCCUCAGACCGCGUGUCCGAAGUUCUGGACUGGCUCGGAGACGUGUGCCGCCUUCCGGACGGGAUGCGGACGGGGGAGCGGUGCACCGAGUUGGUUAACGAAAUCCCGGUUAACGCUCACCGGUUGGUUUACAAGCACGAGCCCCCGUGCUAGUGAGCCCGGGGGAACGGCCCAGCAGAGUUAGCAAAGCCCUGCGUGGUCAGGGUUAGCUUAACCCUACUUGGGCGGUAAGGCAUUCCUUGCAGAGACGCGCUCUGCGGGUUACAGAGCGAUGGACCGGGGGUUAACGGUGUAAGCCGGGUGACGUGUCCAGUUCCUGUGCUUUCAGGAAGGCUGGGUUAGGUCGCACUUAAAGUCGUCUAAUUAUACAAGUUGGUGCACAGAGUGUUGAUGAGAAAGUCGUCGUCCGUUGCUUGUCGACCUGCCAGAUGCAGCCUUUGGCUCUCAGCUAUGACGGAAGCAUGACGCAUGCGUCCUGGCUUAGGAGCUUCCGGGGCUCGAUGAGCACACCGGUUCCAGGAACAUAGGUAGCCCUGGUUGAUCGCGCAUAAAGCACCGGUGACUCUGGUAUAGGCAGUCCCGAACGCGGAGUCUUAGAAACGUCAAACUGUUUGGCGUCCAUAUGGAUCGACCGUGGUUGUAUAUUCAGAACGUUUCAUACCUGGGAGACGUUCAAGCUCUGACUAGGU